AUGUCGCUAAAAAUUCUUGUUUGUGGUGAUGUGAAUGGACAGUUCGAUUCAUUGCUAAAACGAGUGAAUGCUGUUAACAAAAAAAGCGGUCCAUUUGAUAUGCUUUUUUGUGUUGGCGAAUUUUUUGGUCCGAAUAAGGAGUCAAACGAACAAAUUAUCAAUGGUGUUGUCAAAAUGCCGAUUUCUACGUAUAUUUUAGGUUCAUGUUGCCCGUCGACUUCACAAUUUUAUCCGAAAGAUGGUAUUGAAUUCUUUGCAAAUCUAACAUAUCUUGGUAAGAGAGGUAUAUUGAAUACAACUGGUGGUCUUCAAGUGGCAUAUCUAAGUGGUAUUGAGGGUACACAAGAUUUACCUUAUCAGUUCAAUCAGAAGGAUGUUAAUGAAUUGCUAACUUUUGUAAAAGCAAGUACCGGAUAUUUGGGACUCGAUCUUCUGCUUACAUCCAUGUGGCCCGCUGGGAUUUCAAAGUUUUCGACAAAUUGUCCAAAAAAGGAUGUUGAAGGGAGUUGUAUUUUAUCACAACUUGCAGCAGGCUUAAAACCUCGUUAUCAUUUUGCUGGCAUGGGUACACAUUACGAAAGAACACCGUACAGGAACCAUCGAGUCUUACAAGAAGUGGCUCAACACGUUACACGUUUUAUUGGUUUAGCUCCAGUAAUGAAUCCGGAAAAAGACAAAUGGCUUUAUGCCUUCUCAAUAACCCCCAUGCGGAAAUUAUCAAGAGCUGAAAUUACAGCGCAACCAAAUAAUGCUACAGAAUUUCCGUACAUGGAGAUCCUGGCACGAAUGAUCUUAGAUGAAAAAGAGAAAAAAAUGGAACAACAGGAUUUCAAGGAGCAGUAUUUUUUUGAUAUGUCAGCUGAAGUUGAAGAUAAUAUUGAUCAUGGCGGUAAACGACGGAAGAAAGAAUCCCGCGAAGUACGAGUUCAACAACCUUGCUGGUUCUGUUUAUCAAACGUAGAUGUGGAACAGUAUUUGGUAAUAUCUGUAGCAGAUGAAUGUUACUUAGCUAUGCCAAAAGGUCCGCUAGUAAACGAUCAUGUAAUGAUUCUGUCGAUUGGUCACAUACAGUCAGUUGUGGCUGCUCCGCAAGCAGUUAGAGAUGACAUCAAGAAAUACAAAGACGCGCUAACGCUGAUGUUUAACAAACAAGGCAAAUUACCAGUGUUUUUCGAACGGAAUUAUAAAACGCAACACUUGCAGAUACAAGUUGUACCAAUUCCGAAAACUUGUUCGAAGGCUUUGCGAAGUUCGUUCCUGAAUGCCGCACAAAUCAAAAACAUAGAAAUGGUAUUCCUCGAAGAAGAAGAGGAGAUUUGGGAUAUAGUAAAUGAAGGUUGUCCAUAUUUCCUUGUCGAGCUUCCAGAUGGUAGCCGACUUUAUUCGUUAAAAAUGGUCGACUUCCCACUGCAGUUUGGACGGGAAGUAUUGGCAGAGCCGGCUUUGUUGGAUUGUGAAGAAAAAAUUGACUGGCGCCAGUGUGAGUUGGAGAAAAAUGAACAAACAAAACUGAUUGACAAUCUAAAGCAAAUCUUCCAACCAUAUGAUUUCACAGAUGUCGAUGAUGAAUAA